AUGGCCUUAGAAGAGACUGAUCCUAACUAUCAACAGAACCUCCAACCCCUAGUUCUAACAGAACCAGCUACAAUCAACAUCAGCUUAGAUGAACAAAUGCAAAUAACAACUCAAGAAAAUCUCUUACCAGAUAUAGAAUUGCUGCCAAGAGACGAACUUGCCAUUUAUGGCUAUAGAAUAUCACAUCUAUCUGCAAGUCACAUUUUCAAGGCAGCAUCUCCUCCUGACAAAAAUGAAGAAACAGAUA